AGCACUAGUCUGAUAAUUCUCAAUAACAGAACAAAAUUUCCCUUUUUAAAAUCAAUUUUCACCUAAACUCCUUCCGGAAUUUCUUCUACCUACAUAAAAUUUAGCCAAAAUUUGCUUAAAACAUCUCCAAUGUUCUCUAUCAUCACUCCCAAGCGUAGUUUAUGAAACAUUGGUGUAGGAACACAAAGCCAAAAAGAGGGGAAACAUCAAAAAGACAGAAGUAGUCAGACUCAUUCAUGGCUCUGUGCACAAGAGAAGAUUCAAAAGAAGGAAAAUUAUGAACCAGCAGAAGUUAAUAAGAAAGUCUUUGAUGAAUCAUACCAAGCCAAUGCUCAACCUGAAGACCAGGCCCAAGUCAUUGCUAAAUUUCAAUAAUUCAUCAUCAAGAGGCAAGGCUCCGAAUAAGCGUGGAAAAUGGAUCCUCCUGGCAUAUAGUUUUAGUCAAUAUAAGAAUAUUAACUCAAAGAAUCGGAAUAAUAGCCUGAGUGUACCCAAGAUAUCCCAGAAUAUGAACAGCUUGGCACUUGACGAGAAAGAGCUAACUGUUCAUAGCAAUAGCAAAAGGAACACAGCUAGCAGCUUCAAUUUUCCUUUUGGAAAUCGAGAUAGGAGAAAAGACUCAGAUCUGAGGUCUGAGAUGAGCCAUAGAAAAGAAAACAGCAGUAUUCUGAAAGACAUCAAGGAUCAGAAAAGCAAACUCGAACAGAAAAUGCAUAAUACAAGAUCUUUCACACUUUCCAGACAGAGUAGAAGGAGAAGACAAAGAACUCCUAGUGAAGAAUAUAUGAGAUUACCUUCUGUUAAAGUUAAGAAUAUUCUAAGCAAAGAUGAGAAGAAUCCUCAAGAAAACAGUAAGACUAUAAUCAAAGAUGAUGCGAAGACGAUCACAGCAAUGUCCAAACUCAGUACUACAGUACAGAUUGUCUCCAAAGUGGGGUCCAAGCUAAGAGUCAACUUAAAGAGCGAUAAUUCUAUGGCCACAUCAAAGAACAAGGCAUUGCCUAAAGCAAUAAAAAGGCCAAAGAAAAGUAAGAUCAGAAGUAACGCAAAUCUGUCAUGCAAAAGUAUUAUCGAUGAAUACCCAAAGACAUUAUCUUCUCCGGUCGAGCCAGAAAAUACUAAUCAAAGGGUCCAAAGCACAACUAAGAAAAGAGAGGUUUUGCAGCGUAUUCUGACCACAGACUAUGCAAGAAAUGAGACGAAGAUAAAUCUCAAAAACAUUCUGAAAAAGUACCAGAAGUACAAAACUCCUUCUGAUGAAUCUCAAGGAGUCUAUCGUUCGAAGACUAUGGGGAGACUAGAAGAAGUCCAGAAUCGGGGUGAGGAUUACAGAAAAUAUCGGGAUUACUUAAAGUAUUAAACCUUGAUUCGUUACUAAUCAAUGGCCAUAGUCUGUGAAUGCUUCAUCCAAAGUCUUCUCUCAGCCUAGCUAGCUAAGGUUCAAC